AUGAGCGGGGUCGUCCUCCCCCCGCCCCAUGUCCGGGCUUGGUACUGGUACGCCUUCGCCGCAGAGGUGUUCGCCGCCUGUGCCAUCGCCAUCUUCCUCCCCAUCACCCUCGAGCAGAUGGCUCGCGAAGUUGGCUUUGAGGCGCCUGACUACACCAAGCCGUGCUCUCGUGAACCGCCGUUGCCGGGUGAGAAGGCAGCCGUGUGCAAAGCCAAGAUUCUCGGCUCCAUGUACGUCAAAUCGGCUGCAGUUCUGUUGCAGGCCCUCGGCAUUAUCUCGAUCGGCAAGCUCGCAGACUCGACAUACUGGCGCAAACGCCUGUUGCUCCUGUUUGCCGCCGUCGGAUCGAUCACCGCGAGUGUCUUCCUCGUGCUGCCUGCCAAAGCUGCGUGGCUUCCGCUAAUUGCUGCGUUCCUGACGCUGAUCGGCAAUAUGACGUACGCUGCGAGCAUAGUUUGCGCCAACGCCUUCCUCCCCGGCCUCGCGAGGGAAGACACCGCCGUCGUCGCUGCCCGGCGGACACUGAGGGCAUCAGUGCCGGACCUCGAGGACGAGACACCACGCAGUUCAGUUGAUGAAGUUCGGCAACUGCUGCCUGACGCUGAACUUGAGGCGAAAGCAAAGUACGACAAGCUACUGUCCCUCACGACGUCGCGGCUCAGCUCCACUGGUGUCGCCAUCGGCUUCUUCUCCGGCGUCAGUAUGCUUGCGCUGCUCAUCGUGCCGGUGUCGCUUGGCAAGGGAUCAACAUCUGCACUCGAGUUGGCCAUCGGUCUGAGCGGUGUAUGGUGGGCCGUCUUCACAAUUCCGGCUGGCUGGGGACUUCCAGGUGGACAUCGCGAGCCGGCACCCGAGCACUGGUUGAAGAGGGGAUGGGCCCAGGUCGCGAGCAUGGUCCAGCCCAGCCACAUGAAAGAGUUGCCAAACCUGUUCAAAUACCUGCUUGCUUGGGUGUUCCUCUCAGACGGUUUCCACACGACGACCUACACUGCCAUUCUCUAUGCCAGCAGUACGCUGCACAUGUCGGCCAGCAAGGUCAUCGUCAUCGGCCUCCUCGUUCAACUCGCCGCUGUUGGCAGCUCGAUCAUGGCGCCUCGCUUCCAGCGCUGGCUUGGUGUAACAAAUCUCGGCCUCUUGAUCCGCAUCGUGCUCGCAGCCCAAGUGUUGCCGAUAUACGCGUGCCUCGGCCUGAUUCUUCCCUUCGGCGGUCUCCGCACCGAGGCCGAGAUGUACGUUGCGGCGGUGUGGUUCGGCUUCCUAUAUGGACCGUUCAACUCGUACGCGCGGGCAGUGUACGCAGAGCUAGUGCCGCCUGGGCAUGAGUCGUCCUUCUUCUCGCUCUUCUCUCUGACGGACAAGUCGGCCUCGUUCAUUGGCCCCAUGGUUGUCGGGCUCAUCUCUGACAAGACCGGCAACAUUCGACUCGGGUUCCUGUUCCUGACGGCAAUGCUGGCCCUGCCGCUGCCAGUGAUGAUGCGCGUUCGUAUGCGCACUGGCGCUGCUCAGGCUCAGGCAUGGUCGCAGGCGCGCAUGACGCGCGCCCAGGCCAUUGACGAGGCAGACGAGCUGGCUGCCGCUGCAGAAGAUAUCGAACGUUUGGAAGGAUAG